AUGGCAUUUUUAGCAGUCCGCAGAAAAUCGUGUUUAUCAAAACUCGAUUUCGACCACCUGAAGUGCUUCAUCAUUGAGAAAUCGGAGCAAGCUGUUGUGAGUAUUGGGUGUUUUGUACCUUUACAGGCCAUUGAGUCAAUUCAAUGCGAAUCAAAAUCAAACGAAGAAGCAACAGAUUUUGAAGUGAUUUCCGAUUCUUUGGCUCGGGCAAAAACCGAGACGGGAUCCAAAUCCCUUUCCAAAGCCUCUUUUCUGAGAGAGAAGAUUGUAAUAUUAUAUGUUUCGAAACUUGCAUUUUCAAGGAUUUGCAGGAAAAGUGCUUUUUCCACGAGUUCUGAUAAUUCAAUAUAG